AUGCGCCUUGACGUCUUAUAUAGGUCGGAGCCUGCUGGUGGAGUCCAAGGGGUGGUUGAUGUGAUUGCCAACCAAACUCCAUAUAAGAAUCCCUUCACGCUGGAUAUGGGCGGCGCUUCGACUGACUGUGCUUCAAUCUCGAAUAGCUCUGCAAGCGUCAGACAAGAACACCUAGUUGGCAACUUGGCAGUCAAGGCUCCCUCCGUGGACGUCCGCACAGUGGGGACUAGGGGUGGUUCGGAGAGUGCUGGUGCUACACCCGGACCUGCAUGUUAUGGCAAGGAAGGCACGAAAGUAACCGUCUCUGAUGCAAACCUCGUCCUCGGCUACCUCCCAGCAGAGCUUCUCGCUGGAGACUUUAGCCUCGACGUGGAGACUGCCGAAGGCAUCAUCGACCUCGUCGCCGAGACCAUAUACAGCGCUCUACGCGUCGUUCCCGUAGAGUUUGGCUACGACCCUGCCGAUUUCGCCAUAGUAGCUUUUGGCGGAGUGGGGCCCCUUCACGCAACUGCGUUCAGCUUCUCACUUCCUUCAUUCGAGCUUGAAUUUAUGCGUCUCAGAGUCAUAGCCACACAUUCUUCGCCCUGUCAAGGUCCCGGAGCUGGAAAGGCUUGGUUCCGGGGAGGCGAGCACUCCUCCAGGCUCGGCCGUCAUGAGCCGAAGGCCCAUCACCGUACAGGGAAAGACGACCCUGGCCAUGUUUUGGGACCGGCGACAGUUGAUGAAGAACGGGUAUCGUAUCCCCGGCCCAGCGACAUUACCGAAAUGGAUUCUAAUACUCUUAUCCUCCCCGGGUUCGUUGGCACGAUCGACGGAGUAGGGAAUAUCCUUAUCACGCCGGCUGACGAAACUAGCCUCAGCGUCGGACUAAGACUGGCACUGGCUGAGAGCACGAAGGAGAAAAUAUCGAAGGCAAGUCUCAUUUCGACGGUCAUCGCGUCAUCCUUAGCCUCCACUCGAAAUGAAAUGAACACUCCGAUGCUGCGCUGCGCCAACGCCGAAGGACAGAUACUCGUUGGUCAGUUCGGCAGCUUCACUCCCUCAUUCCUUUCAUUCUGGAAAAGAGAGAUCAACGAAGGCGAUAUUUUUGUCACCAACGAUGUGUGCCAGGUCGCUGGAGCCGUGACCUGUCAUCGUCCUCAUGCCCAUUCACCAUCGCGGGAAGCUUGUCGGCUGGGCCGCCAAUUUUGGACGUUUGACGUUCCCGGCACCUUGACUAUCGGCAGUACGAUUGUCUAUGAUGAUGGAGUCCAGAUUCCCGUGGUAAAGCUAGAAACCAAAACAUCAAAACCAUUCAUUAUGUUCGUCUAG